AGCAGGAGCGGGCACGUCGCGCAGCAGGAAAUUCGUGUAAACCGUGCGGAUGUAAUUUUAUGUACUAUGUGACUACCACCGCUAAUUAAGUGAUUUUAAUUAACCUCGCAGGAAUUUCCAUCAGCAGGAAUUUUGAAAAAAUGUGAUAAUUACACCUAAAACUCGAAUUAACAAAAAUAAAAAUUCAGCAGGAAUUCUCAAAAAUAUUGCAGGAAUUUUCAAAAAUCCUGCAAAACAAAAAAUGCUCAGUUUUCUUCAACAAACGAAAAAUGAGCAAAAAACGUAAGGUGAUAAAUUCCUGCUGAACGCAAGUCAACAAAUCCUGCUAAAAUGGACGACAGCUCCCCGGAUUUGAGCCUGAAACUCCGGAGGGGGUCCAGCGACUCCAGGGACUCUUUCUACAUGGACUUCGACAAAGGUAUAGACUCGGACAUUGAGGAAAUAGAGGAAAUGGCAAUAUCGGGUGCCGAUCACGCAGAUAACACUGCUGACACCAGUGCAACUCCGACCGCGUUUGCAGGAAAAAGCGAGGGAGUCAGCUGGCCGACAAUUCCGCCCCAAAACAUGUCGGGCGGCAGCCGAAGCAGCGCCCUGGGGGGAGGCGAUCCCCUCCUGCCCUCCCCGGCGUCGCAGAGCGCCGUGAUCGUCUCUCCCGAAACGCUCAGCCACUCGUCGCCCUCCAAAAGCGUAAGGCAGUCCACACAUGUGCAGAUCGCCCCUCCACCGCCGCAGACCAAGUCGGUGUCCCCUGGCCCUUUGGCUGUGACCACUAUGGGUUAUUAUCAGUACCAUCAGCAGUUUCCCGUGAUAAGAAGAAUGUCCAGAGCUGAAAAACAAUUAGAGUGGAAACAGCUUGGAGCUGACGCAUUGGCUACAACACUUUCAGCUUUGUACGGAAAAUUAUUGGUUGUCAUGGGAACGGCUUUUCCGAUGGCUGAAGUAAUUUCCACGUACAUACCUCCGAGUUUUUACGAAGCCUACUACCUUUAUUUAUACAUAGGCAGCAUGUUUUUUCUACUAUACAUGUAUCUUGUUCUUUUGAGGGACAAAAGAAAACGAAAAAAGGAAGAAAAAGCCAAGGAAAAAGCCAAAGACGACAGUAGCAGCAUAGUAACAGACGAAAGUGACAAUACGUCUAACGAUAGCGCCGAUACCGAGUCGAAUAAGUUUCGGUCUCGUAAAGUUUCUUUUUCCACGCCCAAACAAAAUCACUAUGGGAGUUUUUACUUGAGAAUGGGGGCAGUCGCGUUUGGUAUUGGCAGUAUGAUUUAUUCUGGUUUGGAGUUUGGACAAUAUUUUGAGUUGGAAACGAAUACAAAAUGCCAUAAUGUUCUAUUAGCUUUAACACCUGCUACUAGAAUGGCCUUUAUUUUUAUACAGAUGUAUUUUAUAUUCCUCAACAAUGAACAAAUGAGCGUAUACAAACACAAAAUAGCCGCUAGAUUUGGCCUAAUGCAUAUGAUUGGCACGAAUUUAUCAGUAUGGCUCAAUGUAUUAGUUCAAGAAACAAAACACGAAAUUUUGACGUUUUACAAUCCCGAAAAUAAUUCCCUAAGGAUUUCACACAGGAUUCCAUAUAAAGGUAACGUUCUUGGAUUACCAGCUGUUCCACAAGAUCAUCCACCAGAAGCCCAUGGUCACCACAUUGUAAUUAGGGGUCUCAAAGGGCCCCACCAUCUGUACGAAUGUAGGAGAACUAACAUCAUAGGUUCCCUUGUGCAAGAUGCUUCUCCAUUUUUGUUCCCCUGCACUAUAGAGUACAGCCUGAUAUGCGCAGCCAUUUUGUAUGUUAUGUGGAGAAGCAUCUCCAAAUUGCCUCAGAGUUCCCUCAAGAACAAAAACGAUUUGAACUCGUACAAGAGAAGCCCACAUCACUACUCCGUGGAUUGUGCCAGAGCCCACAAAGGUUUAUUCGUUGGUAUACUGUUUUUAGUACUAACCAUCAUCUCACUGAUUUUGUUCUUUGUACUGAUAUCGAGAAUAGAUUUUGUGAGUUUGGCUGUCAUAGAGGUCAACAUUUGCGAGUUAACUUUGUACGCCCUCACAACUUUGGCCUCGGUUAUCGGAAUGUGGCAGGUGCGACAGCUCAAAUAUGACGGUACCAAAAACCUCCAACUGGAUAACAUACUUCUAAUAGGCGCCCAAACAGGCAUGUUCAUAUACAGCACCUUUACCAUAAUAGGCGGCCAAUUCACAAUACAAAAAAAUACGGUUCUAGUACUAGUAACAGCACUAGCAUCGCUACUGCAGACUACAUGCCAAACCAUAUUCAUCCUGGACGCUUCAAGAAGAGCCUGCAGCACUCCAGACCAAAUCCGUAAGAAACCUGGACGGGAGAUAGUGACGUUUUUGCUUGUAACAAACCUAGCCAUGUGGGCUAUCAACACCCUGGAAAAAUCCAGGGCCGAAUCGCACCCCAUACAGCUCCACUUCUAUGGUUUAUGGGCGUGGACCAUCAUCACCCACGUCUCCAUGCCGCUCGCAAUUUUCUACAGGUUCCACUCCACGGUUUGCCUGUGCGAAAUCUGGAAACGCGCCUAUAAGAUAAAACCGACUUAUAUGUGAUAAGGCAUAUCUAAUGAUGACAAGGUAUAUUAAGACUACUUAGAUUAUUAAAAAACAGUACAACAAAUAGACCAAUCUAGUCGACAUAUGUAGGACACUUAUUUUUUAGAAGUAUACUACAAAAAACACUAUUUAUAGACUUUAGCACUAGAAAAGUUUAACACUAAAUCAAAUGGUGUAAAUAUCAUGUAACGAAUAUCAAUAAUUAAAGUAUAGUUAAAAUUUGUUAGAAAGGAUACCGACAUGCUCUGAUAGCGACAAAAUAAAUUGAUGAUAAGCUAAAAUAUUGGGAAAAUGAUGACUUAUUAAUAUCAUGACAAACUAUAAAGACGACAAAUUAAAAUGAUGGCAGGCUAAAAUAACAAGUUCAAAUGAUGUUUAAAUGAGAAUAAUAUAAAAUUGUGACCAGCUACAAUGAUGAUAAGCUAAAAUGACGACAAGUUAAAAUGACAAGUUAAAAUGAUGAUAAGCUAAAAUUACAAUGAUGAUAAGUUAAAUUGACAAGUUUAAAUGAUGACAAGCUUAAAUGACAAUAUCUUAACUUUGUAAAGGGUUUUUGAGUAACGAGUUUUAAAUAUUGAUAAGUUAAAACGACAAGUUAAAAUGAUGAUAAGCUAAAAUGACGACAAGUUGAAGUGACAUUAAAUGAUAAUAAUAUAAAAUUGUUACCAGCUACAAUGAUGAUAAUUUAAAAUGAUGACAAGUUAAAAUGAUGAUAAGCUAAAAUGAUGAUAAGCUAAUAUGAUGAUAACCUAAAAUGAUGAUAAGCUAAAAUGACGACAAGUUAAUUUGGUGAUAAGUUAAAAUGACAAGUUAAAAUGAUGAUAAGCUAAAAUUAAAAUGAUGAUAAGUUAAAAUGAUGACAAGCUUAAAUGACAAUAUCUUAACUAUACCUACUUUGUAAAGGGUUUUUGAUUGACGAGUUUUAAAUAUUGAUAAGUUAAAACGACCUGUUAAAAAGAUGAUAAGCUAAAAUGACGACAAGUUGAAGUGACGUUUAAAUGAUAAUAAUAUAAAAUUGUGACCAGCUACAAUGAUGAUAAGCUAAAAUAACGACACGUUAAUAUGAUGAUAAGUUAAAAUGACAAUUUAAAAUGAUGACAAGCUUAAAUGACAAUAUCUUAACUAUACUUUGUAAAGGGUUUUUUGCAUAUCACAUGCAUCGAAUAUUAUAUAAAUUUAGCAUACAAGUUUUGUAAAAUGUACCUAAAACAAAAUGUACUUUCAUACUAGCAUUUCGUAGAUUAAAAAAAGAAGUGUAAUUGUUUGACUGAAAGAAGCACAUCAUGUAUAUUUUUUAUAAUUUCCUCUUAGAAUUUCGGCUGUAGAUUUUUGUAAUUUUAUACAUUUCUGUGUUGUACAAAUAUUCGGGAUCAAAAAAGGUAAUUAAGGUACAUUUUUAACUCUAAGCAUUCUAUAAGAAAAAAUACAAGGCGUCCGAACAUUUAAGUCUUUUCUAUGAUGUUUAUAUUGGGACACCAUGUAUAAUUAAUGUUAAUAAGUGUGUUUUUAUACUUAAGGUGCCAAGCUUGUUAAAAUAAAACCGAUUGUUAGCAUGAAAAAAAUAUUAUUAAUUAGGCUCAAUUUUCGUUGUUUUUGUGCCAUAUUAUAUUCAGG